AUCAUGUCAUCAGCCUUUUGGGAAAGUCGCAGACGAUGGCUGUUGAAGUAGACGGUGCUAUGAGCAUGCUUAUGCUCAAUUCAUCAAACACAAUUUUAUAUAGCGGAAGCGCCCCAAUAGCCCGUGAAGGCUACAGAUAUGUCAAGAUCACAGAGACACAUAACAAUAUUCCUGAACCGUUCUUACGCCCGCCCACAUAUACCGAUACUGUGAACGAAUUUUUCAACAGGACUUGGAACAAAAAAGAGGUUACACAACUUCCUACAGUUUAUGAACCAUUACCUGUCAUUCAUCGCAUUCAAUCUGACUUACAUAAGGAAGGAGAAAUUCCUACUAUCCAUAUAGUCGCUAACCAAGCUGAUCUUGAUCUAAUGCAUCACAAAUCCAAUGAUGAUAUCGAUAUCAAUGCAAAUAUGACUUAUGUUUCUCUGGUUGAUCAACUCUUCUUUCAAAAUGUAACGCUUUCUAUAUCAGGUCAUGGCUCGCGAUGGAUGCCCAAAGUUUCUUAUAAUGUUAAGCUACGGCAUACAGACAGAUUAUAUGGUUACAAGCGUAUUAAACUACGGCCCAUGGCCAAUGAUCCUUCUUAUAUUCGUGAAAAGUUGGCAUAUGACAUGAUCAAAUCUGUGGGGCUUCUUUCCUCAGAGUACUCAUACGUUCGUGUUUUCAUGAAUGACAAGGAGAUUGGGUUAUUUGGUCUGAUCGAAGCAUUUCAGAAUCCGUGGACAGCCAAUGUAUUUGCUUUCGGACAAAAAGACUAUAAAAACGGGAACUUGUAUCAAGGCUUUGGACAUUCACCAACUAUGCUUUACUCCAAUCUAAGUUAUAUGUCCAAUCUAUCGGCUUAUGGAGAUGGUCAAUAUGUCAUACGAGCAGGCGUGAAGGGUGAUUACAAAUCACUUCAAAAAUUGACAGAGUUUAUUGCAAAUGCACCAGUGCAUGGCCAUGAUGCAGUCAUCAUCUGGAAGUCUAAACUCGACAUUGACUCGUUUCUCCGUUCAAUGGCCCUAGAAGUAUUAAAUGCGUAUUAUGAUGGUUAUUUGAACGACAAUCACAAUUACUAUCUUUAUGACAAUCCUGAAACAGGCGCCUUCUUUUAUAUCCCUGCUGAUCUGGACUCUACGUUUGGUUUUAGCGUGUCUGACUUGCAUCCUAUGAUAACAGGCAACUACUCCACCUUUCCUGGUAUGUAUACUCAACCAUUAAUGGCAAAGAUACUGGAAUUACCGGAAUUUAAGGGACAGUUUGAAGAGACGAUAGAUCAGAUUCAUAGACGUCUUGUGAACCCUCGUGUUACAUUUAGGCGCAUAGAUGAUUUAGUAGAUAUGCUCGAAGAAGAUGUGGCUUGGGACCAAAUGGUGCCACGAAUGGGCACCAUAAUCCCCAGUAUGCUCGACAUGUAUAAUAUAUCAUACACUAAUGGACGAGUGCCACCUGAUAUAGAUAUUAGGCCUUUAAUCAACAUGACUCUGUCCCAAAGAGAUAAUGUUCUCAUACGGCCUUUUAUUCGCAUGAUUCCUAAAGAUCCAGGUGACUACGAACGGGCUUUGGAUUAUGUUGAGCUUGUUCUAAAAGGUGUGCCAUUUCUUCAAGCCGUUAAUGGACCAACAGACUAUAAAGUGUGUAUUGGUGUCAAAGAAUUCAUACAGAAAAUAAGCAGAAACAUUGCCAAACACAACAUAUAGUUUUUUGUGAAUAAUAAAGAUUGUAUAUAAUGCAAGUUACAUGCUUUAUUAUUUUAAUAAACAGCC